UCUAAACUAUUGCACAACUCGCCGAAGAUCUUCCUCGAUUAUUUGUGUAUUUAAGCUUUAAUUCUUUGCAAGUAGUCUUCAACAGAUAGCGACUAUAUUCUUACUAUGGGCAAAGUAAUGUCCAUUGCCGGACGUCAAGUCCAAAGAUUCAACGUAGAGAACAGAGCUCAAAAAGUUAUAUCGCAAGCAAAACCAAAGCCGGCACCCAAGUUCGAAUCAAAUCUUCGAGAUCUAGAACGUGUGCUGAAAGAACAUCCAGAGAUUGUUGAGGAACAAAGCCGAAAGAAUGUUCAGUUGGAUGAAAAUUUGCGGCAAGUCUAUGUGACUUCCAAAGAUGUGAUGAUUGAUUCGAAAAUGCCGCAAAGUCAAGAUUCUGAUAAACCUCUUCCAAUUAACCGCUCCAGUGUAGAAGAGUACGAGUUUGGUCAUUUGGAGCCACGGACGGUCACGAAAGGACGCUGCACUUUGCGACAAGCGGUACAAUUUAUAGCGAACCAUCAAACCGAUCCACAGCAGUGGACCUCAGCAAAAAUAGCAGAAUAUCACAACAUGAAGGAGCCGCUAGUCAAAAAUAUUCUUGAUCACUUUAAAUCAUUUGAAGUGCAUUUGCCGAACAAAAAUCUGGAGAGGCGUCGAGUUUUGACUAGAGUGGAACCAUCAAAGCAAAUUGAAUAGUAUCAGAAAGAUGUCUUGUUAAAUUAAUUAUGGCUUGUUGAGUAUUAAUUUUCCGAAAAACAAAUAACAAAUAAUAGCAAAGAAAAAAAACUGUUCGAUUUCCCUUAAAAAUAUAGACAUU